AUGACUUUAAUUGCUGCUUUAUCUUCAAUGGGAUCAGUCCAAUCAAACAACUCCAUCUUCAAGAGUCAAGCUGGUGUCACUGGAACCAGUUCAAACCAAUCAUCAAACAAGAUUGCACUCUUGGAUAUAUAUACAAAUGUCCAAGUUGAUGUUGAGAAUUCCAGUAGCACCACAGAUGAUGUCGAACUCUAA